ACUCAGAGCCACAGCUAAUACACACAGAUAUUACAACGCACCUUGCAUCUCCCUCUCUCCCCCACACUUUUUCCAAAUACGUAUUUGGCAUAGACUGUUCACCCACCUCCCUGGAGAACCAAACGGUUUGUAGAACGCGGGUUGAUAUAUCUAUUUUUUCUGAACUGGCGACGAAAACACAAUAUACAAGACAUCUAACAAUGAUCCAUCCUGGUUUCCAGGAAUCCCAACAACCAACGGCGGCAACAACUCUUCUUCUUCUUCCUCCUUCUCUGCUCCUACUUUCCUAGAGGCUAACCAAACCGACCACACACACAUACACAAUGGACGACCCCAACGAUUUCGACAAUGACGAUUCAUCCGUAGCCGCCACCAGCACGAAGCCUGUUAAGCACAGUGGCCGGAAAAAGAUCAAGAUUGAGUACAUUCAAGAUAAGAACAGACGUCAUAUCACUUUUUCCAAGCGCAAGGCCGGUAUUAUGAAAAAGGCUUACGAGCUCUCUACGUUGACGGGCACUCAAGUGCUGCUGCUUAUCGUCUCGGAGACAGGAUUGGUGUACACGUUCACGACUCCCAAGCUGCAGCCGAUGGUGACGAAACCGGAAGGAAAGAAUUUGAUUCAAACCUGUUUAAACGCUCCCGACCCUAUUCCAAACGACGUCGCUUCGUCGUCAUCGGUACGUGGCGAUGCAGACGAGGAGAGUAGCAUUGCUUCGCCGCGACCCACAACUGUGAUGCCAAAGGCGGCCAUGAAUGCUUCGCCCAACACUGUACCUUUGGCACAUCCACCACCACCACCGCAACAGCAGCAACAACAACAACAACCGAUACAGGACAGCAAUAUUGCUUACGCUUCGUCUUCGCCUUAUAUGAUGGGCGGUGGCUCCAAUUCGCGCUAUGACACCGGGUAUCCAAGUGGUGGGCCAGCUCCUGCUUCGUCCUAUGCUAACUCAACUCCCUUAUACCAACCUCACCAACCGUACAGCAACAUGUCUGGUGGCGGUAACAGUGGCUACCCCACUUCUUUACAGCAUUCUGGCAUGGCACCGGCAGGUGCUUACUGGGUGUCUCCUUCUUCGGUGGCUACAUCUUCGGCGCAAUAUCCAGACAUGAAACCGCCUGUGGAUCCUCUCGGCCGAGUUAAGCGCGAGUAAUCUUCUAUCUUUCUUACUACAUGCUAUGUCUUUCUAUCUCUCUCUCUUUCUCUUACAAGCCAAUACUAUUAGUUCCAUACGUACGUUCCUAUAUUAUAUCUCACCCCGUUUUCUCUGUACUACCCCAAUGUAUAUCUUAACAACUGCUCCCUUCCCCACCCAGAUCACCCACAAACGAACUACCUUAUACUAUUUGAAUCUGAUCGACUAUGUUCAUGG